UAGAAACUGAAAAUGUUUUCGCGUUUCAUCCGGUUGACUGGAGUCAAAGAAAACCGCUUUUGCUCUGUAGUCCUGGCGGCGCUCCCAUAAGCGAGCGCGUGUUGCUGCCGUCGAUGAAUGAGACGGUGCCAAAGAAAAGGUACGUUUCUUGGACGUUUUCGCUCCGUACCACUGCAGGCUUCUGCGUAAUGCCUUCUUUUGUAGAGAGGAAACUCGCCCCCGAAGUUGUUCGUCUUCCAAAGAAACAUUGCGUUUGCCACUUUUUCUCUUGCUGUUCAAUAGUGUGGUGUGCCUAACUCCGUGUCGGGCUUACACCCGUUCGGCUCGGUAGAAAAGAAGAGUGGAAAGGAAUAAAAAAUGGACGCAGAUGUUCGUUUCAGACGUUUUCUUUCUUCUAUCUGGAAUGUGUUUCUUUUCGUUCGAUCUGUUAAGACACGUUCUGACGCAAGUUGGGCACUGCCGCCCCUUCUUCACCGUACUCUCGUGGUUUCUUGCACAGAGUCAAGUGUUUCAGCAAAGCAGUUUCUAGCAGCCUUCCUUUUUCCGCAUCUGCUCGUCUUUCUCUCUCAUUGGGAAACGUCUGUUCUUCUUCCCUCGCCUCUUUUGCGAAGGGAAAACGUGUGUUCCCUCUACCAGUAUCCUCGAAAGAUCCGCGUCAGUUUCUCCACCUCUAGCGAAUAACGAUAUGAACGGAGCAGACUGGAUCUGUGUUGCUUGCAUUCGGUUUUUGCUGCCUUGUCUGCGGCUCUUCCGUCUGCGAAUACACAGUCCGGCGGUUUCCGGCUGGGUCUUUUCUUUCGCGGGUUGACAGUCUUUUCGCUUUUCUCUACGGGACACGCAGGUACAUCUUGCUUUGGGGUAGGAAUUUCGAUGUCACGUGCGUUUUCGCCUGACCACUGUAAAGUCAGAAGCUGACAUCUGCGUUUUGCAUGGUGGCGUAGAUACCACCGCUCCCCCCUUGAGCGAAUGCCCAGGCUCCUUGCUCUCUAGCAAAUGAACGCUGUGAUGUGUGAGCUCUUUCGUACAUGCACUUCGCUAAGAAUACCUCUUCUUUUUCGCUCGAAAUUGAAGCUGCCUCGUUUUGCUGGCGUAACGUCCCCUCUCGCGUCGCUAUCGUAUGAGGGACCAGCUGGUUCGUCGGUUCCGCCAAUACCUCUUCCCCAAAGCCUCUGUUUUCGACCCCAGACGUACACCUUUUCAGCGAUUUGCUUGGUGUGAAAAUCCAGUUUCUGCGUCACGGCUGUCCAUGAGCUGUCUCGGCUUCCCAGCGCGCAGGCACUGCUGUCACCUCACAUGACUUGUCCGUAUCCGACAUUGUACGGAAAAACGCCAGCCCUUUUUCGCCUGGUGAACACUGAAAAUCCGUCUUUGUUUCGAUUUUUCACAAACUAAUCGGGCCGUGCAUCUCGAACAAAACAUCCGACUGUGGAAGGGAAACAAAGAACUUUUUUUUCUAAGGCUGGACCGUGACAAAAAGCCUUUGCUGCAUCCUGCCGAAAUGGCGGCCGAACGAUACGUAGACGGUGGCUUGCAGCGGCACGUCUCUGGCCAACAGGAGGGGGAUGCUUCUGUGCCGCUUGUCGAAGUGCCCGCAGCUCGAAGGUCUCUCUCGCCUUCCAUCGAAGAAAAAUGGACUCGACGUCCCCAUUGUCGAGAAGAGCCCGACCACUGUUCCAGCGAUGUCGCUGCGUCGCCUGAACCUCUGGACAUGCUUUCCUAUCUGUUUCCAACACUUCGCCCGCAAGCGUUCUUUCCCCCUGACCUGCACUCGCUCUGUGACUACGCGCAUGGCUUUUCUGAGCCGAAGAAAAUACACAAGGGUCGCGGAUCUGCCGCGUCGUUGGAGGAGCAAAGACGUCCGCGACAGGAUGGAGAGGAUAGCGCGUCGUCUGGAGGGACAGCAGCUGCCUGUGUGGAUCGGAAGCUGCUCUCUGCGUACAUGAGUCAACUGCGGCAAUUGGAACAAUGGCGGUUUUUGUGCGUAGAUGGAGAAGAAAUGAAGGAGAAGAAGAAACACGUCCUCAAGCAGAAAGUCAGGGCAGGUGUGCCUGACUGUCUGCGAGGCGUCGUGUGGCAGCUUCUCGCGGGGGUGCAGAAGAUGAAACAAGAAGCGGGGUACGAGCCAGACAUGUACUUCAAGCUGGUGACCUCCAAAAUCUGGACUGAGGACAGCCUAACAAAUCUUGGCCCGAUAAUUGCGAGGGAUAUAAAUCGAACAUUUCCGAAGCAUAUUCUGUUCCGGGACAUGCACCAGAAGGGACAGCAGGCACUGUUCAACGUGUUAAAGGCCUAUGCUAUCUUCAACCCUGACGUUGGAUACUGUCAGGGAAUGGGUUUCUUAAGCGGCAUCCUUCUGAUGUAUAUGAACGAAGAGGACGCUUUCUAUAUGCUCGUCUGCUUACUUCACAAGCACAAUAUGCAGGGUUUGUUCACUCCUGGCCUGCCGACGCUUGAAAAGUACUUUUUCCAGUUCCAACGGCUGUUACAAAAACACAUGCCCCGCCUCAGCGUUCAUCUCCGGAAUGAAGGAGUAGAGCCAAGCAUGUACCUCAGCAGCUGGAUGAUGACGCUUUUCUCGUACAACUUCUCCUUCGACUGCGUUGUCAAGAUUUGGGAUGUCUUCCUCAAUGAUGGAGAGAAAAUGCUUUUUCGCACAGCGUUGGCAAUUUUGCAGAUCAAGCAGGAGGAUCUGUUCACCGCUUCCUUCGAAGCAAUUCUGGAAGCACUGAAGCUGACACCUAGUCAACUGGAUGCGAACGUUUUACUAGAGACAGCUUUGAACGUGAAAGUCCAUAAUUCCACGUUGAGGGAACUCGAGGAAGAGUAUUUCGAGGAAAAGAAGAUGCAGGCUCUCGACCAAUCGGGGAAUGUGGCCGAUCCGGAUGAGUGAGAGCGGAGCGAGUGCACGUGGUCGCUCGGAGAUGGCUUUUUGCUCUGUCUUCACAGGAGUUAGGACCGUGACUACGCUUCUAGAGAGCUGGCGUGAUAGGUCUCCAUGGGCGCCGUUAUGAUGGUUACACGUGCGCCUCUUUGGGUACACUGAGAGUAACUAUAACUUGAAAUGCAGAUUCCUUUAAUGUGAACGAUAACGGUUUGUUGAAAAUACGUAUGGCAAAGUAGAUGACACAGAAUCUGCCGCACAAGAGACGCGAAACUGAGACUCUGCUUCGGAUGCUGCCCUUUUCCGUCGUCCUACUAUGUACCGCGUUACAUCCUUGACGUUAAGCGUAUUGCGUAGGACAAACACUACUGUUUUUUCCUUUAGUCACAGAUAUCGUGGAGCGCUAGAACUGACCGGCAACCGCAGGAAUGGCGUCACCCAAAGACAUCGCGAAGGAGAGCUAAGUGUCAACG